AUGAAUGUCCGGUGCAUUAUCUGUGGUCUUAGGAUAGCCCGUGAAGGCGAGCCAAAUGACUCCUGGCUUCAAAGAUACCGCAUGAUUUAUCGCACGAGUGAUGGAGUCUAUCUGUCCGACACUCUAGUGAGAAGGCGCUCCGGAGACGGAUCGAGUUUCCAAGUCCCCCUGCAGAACUCGAUUUUCGCAAAUAUUCCAAUAAUCCAAGAAACAAAUGGUCAAUUCGGUUUUGUCAUGCACAAUGCGUGCUGGGAUAUCUUCAAGGUCAGGGCCGGGUCUACCUCGAUCUCUCUGCACAGGAUGGUUGAGGUCUUUGAGUCAGUUCCGAGAGCCCAGGGGUCUGCACGAUCGUCCUGUUACGCAUGGGGCCACAUGUACAAGGGGUUAAUCUGCCUCGCUCCUGGACGUUGGCCGUGGGAACAGAGAGAAUGGUGCACUCCACCCCGUACGCCCAUCGAAACACAAACAAUCAACAGAAGCCCGUUUGCGUCACCUAUAGAGGAUAUUCUAAAGACAACUUCCUCUCAGUCUCAAGCAUUCGACAUGAAUCCAGUGAAAUAUCGCAGCUCGCCUGACAAAGACUGCUUCGCUGGUCUACCUCUGGAGAUUGUGGAGGAGAUAGCGUCCUAUCUAUCAACCACAACCGUGCUCACGGCUAGACUGGCCUCUCCGGCAUUCACCCAGUUGUUCUAUGACCAAAUGUUUUGGUCUUCUAGAUUUCGACCAAACCACGAGCGAGGUUUUCUUUUCGAAGUCUGGGGGAAGCGUGUUGCCCGCGAUUGGCGCUGGCUGUAUCGGCAGACAAGAGAUAUCGCUGCAACCUACCCCGGCCUAAAUAAUAGACUGCGAAUCUGGUGUAUCGCGGAACUGAUUCUUGAGAAAUUGACUAUUACCCGCGGAGACCCCUCCACACACUUGUCGACUGGCCAGCGGCUAUCGAGAUACCGCAAGGGUGAGGUAUAUGGAGGCCCAACAGUUGCGAAGACUCUCAAGACGAAGACAGCAGCCCAAGCGAUAGUUCCAGAAAAGACAGCGGUGCCGCCUGACGUCUAUCGGAUCGGAAUCUCAGUUAUUGAAGAUGGGGAAACGACCUACGUUGCGGGAAUACAUCUCUUCCAUGGCAUGUCCGGGAAUGUUAUUCGCUUGGGAUAUGUCACGGCGCCUGGAACAACAAGCUACUCUGACAUCAAUUCCCUGAAGGGCUUCGUUGUUUCCGUCGGAUCAACCGGACUUCAUGCGCUCCAAAUUGUCCAUCGCGAUGAUGAUAGUCUGUCUACUUGGCAUGGAAACCCUAAGCUUGGGGCAAAGACCAGGCGUCUUGUGUUUGUUGAAGAAAUUGUUGCCUUGUCUGCUGGGUUCGAUGGAUAUAAAAUGGUGUACAUGGCCGCCUGGGGUACCCGAGCGCCCAAGUCCAAAGGAUCGAAGCAGAUUGACCUAAUCAGGAAUCAUUUCCUAUGGUACCCCGAACUUCCUACUCCUAAGGAACUCAUAAAUGAGACUUCCGUUUUUGGGAAGCUGGAGUCAAGCUCGAAAGGAUUUCGCCCUGUGAUAUUUGCUAAUUUCGGGGGUUCCUCUGGAUCCGGUCUGCGGCACUUGGUGUGUGUGUCUGCAAUGUUUGGCCUUGACCGGCUACUGAAUGUCACGUUUUACUUCGAGGCGGAUGGUGUUUUAUGUCGACCUGUGCAUCUUUCUCAACGCCAAGCCAACGCUCUAGGUAUGGCGGAGUUCGAAAUCCAUGGUUUUGCGGGGGAGUACAUCGAAAGAGUUGAAGUCGAAACCUCCACAGUCUCAGACUAUAUCACUGGAAUCAGGUUAACAACAAACUGGGAGGACCAAUGGACAGCCUCGGGCAAUUUAUUGGGCAUAACAAAGUACACAGUUCUCCAAACGGCGCCAGGAACGAUCCCCACUGGCCUCUAUUCCACAGAGGGAAGAGGCGGGAUCAAGAAUAUGGGAAUCAUCUCGCAGCGAGUCAAGCCUUGGGGCCGACAUCAUAUAUGA